AUGCCGACCCUGAUCGAGCUGAUGAAGGACCCCAGCGUAGUGGUGAGGGACACCACGGCGUGGACCGUGGGACGGAUCUGCGAGCUGCUGCCCGAAGCUGCCAUUAACGAUUUGUACCUCUCCCCCCUGCUGCGAUGUCUGAUCGAGGGUCUAGAGGCGGAGCCACGGGUGGCGUCCAAUGUCUGCUGGGCCUUCUCUUCUCUGGCUGAAGCCGCCUACGAAGCCACAGACGCUGCUGAGGACCAGGAGGAGCCCAGCACCUACUGUCUGUCCACGUCCUUCGAGCUCAUCGUCCAGAAACUCUUGGAGACCACAGACAGGCCUGACGGUCACCAGAACAACCUCCGCUCCGCAGCCUACGAGGCUCUAAUGGAGAUCGUGAAGAACAGCGCUAAGGACUGUUACCCUGCGGUGCAGAAGACCACCCUGGUCAUCAUGGAGAGGCUGCAGCAGGUCCUGCAGAUGGAGUCUCACAUCCAGAGCACCUCCGACAGAAUCCAGUUCAACGACCUGCAGUCGCUGCUGUGUGCCACUCUACAGGUGAGAGCCCAGUUAUACACGCCAUCAUUAUACACCAUCACUAACU